GAUCAAUAUGUGUAACCCACCAUCAAAGUACAGGUCCUCUCUUUCUCCCUCUCCCCCUCUCUUUUAUAUAAACAUCAAGGUCAUUUCUUCUGUUUCAUCAAAACCCACCUCUCAAACAUGGCUUCCUCUCCCAAGACCAUGAAACUAGCAGUUGUGGCAGCUGAUAUGGCAUCUUGGUACUGUGCAAUAGUGCUUUUAGGCUUGAUAUUGUUUGCAUCAAUCAGAGAGAAUUCACUUGCGGAUCAUGGUCAUUUCAGAGGGAACCGUCUUUUUGACAGACCGUGCGACGAAAUCUAUGUGGUCGGAGAAGGAGAGACUUUGCAUAGCAUCAGCAACAAGUGCGGCGACCCGUUUAUCGUGGAGCGGAACCCACAUAUCCAUGACCCGGAUGAUGUCUUCCCUGGGCUUGUCAUCAAGAUCACUCCAAUUCAAAACCGUAAUUAGGAAGUUUUUGAGGUAGUUUUGAGCUUUUGUUGUAUAUAUAUGCAACCAAUUCUCACCUACAGGAGCUCGGUGUUCUUUUUUGGCCUCUUUAUGCCUUUAUCUUUCUCUUUUCGAUCUUACAAAAAACGAUCAAUACUUGUUUUUUGUUGUUUAAUAUAUAAGGUGAAACUUCUUCACCAAUAACAGCUUUUCUUGUACCCUCACUAAAAAGAACAACUUUUUUAAUUUGUAUCA